UAUGUUUGCUAGACCAGAAGCCAUGACACAUUUCCGUGGGUCAGACUGUCUCCGUGGCUUUGCAAAGCAGUGUGGUGCAAAGUGUCCCAAGGCACUGACAUCUACGAGGCUGCGAAAGCAUGCUGCUACUCUUUCAACUGUGCUGAAUAUGACGGACACCGAGAUGGACCAGCUGGCUAACUUCCUUGGGCAUGAUAUAAGAAUUCAUCGUGAGUUCUAUCGACUUCCAGAGAAGACCCUGCAACUUGCCAAGAUCAGCAAGAUUUUAAUGGCUCUUGAGCAAGGAAGAUUAGCAGAGUUCCAUGGCAAGAACUUGGAUGAAAUGGGGAUAGAUCCUGAUGAAAAAGUGGAAAUUGACUGUGAAGAUGAGGAAGAUGACAUUGAGGAAGGACACUGUUCAACUAUUGUAGUCGAAACUUCAGAAGAUGUGGCCCUUCCUUCUGCCGAAAUGAAUUUGUCACCAUCACCUAAAAGAAGCACUCCGUCAGAUCAGCGAAUGUCUUCUGGAGCCAGCGCUAUGAGGCUGCCUUGCAAGGGUAAAACUACCAAAAAGAAGAGUCAGAAGAGUCCUUGGCAGCAGCCUGAGGUGCAGGCAGUGGAAAGGCACUUGAAGCCGUUUAUUUUAUCUGGCACUGUCCCAGCAAAAAGGGAUUGUGAAAAAUGUCUGAGAGCUGAACCUGAAGCUUUGAAGAACCGCGAUUGGAAGACAGUAAAAUUUUACAUAUAUAAUCGCAUCACAGCAUACAAAAAAAAAUUGGAGAGUAAACAAUAGUAUAAAUAUAAUCGUUCAUGCCAGGAAGUAUGUUUAAGAGUUAACAAAAAUAGAAUAACUUUGUUUGACCAUUUCAGCUUGUGGUUUUCAAAAACAUGCUGCAAAAGUUUCCAAUAGUGUGUCAUGUACAAGCCAAAGAGCGUUGGUCUGUGUUUCAAAGAUGUAUUUGUUCAUUCACAUCUGUAAAAGGAAGUAUGUGUUAAAGAUAUUAAAGGGAUGGUUCACUCCAAUUUUAAAUUUGUCAUUAUUCCUCCUAGUGUUUUUAAACCCUUGAUACCAUCCAUCUU